UGUGGCACUGGAAGUCCCGCCUCCCGCUCACUUCACGCACUUCCGGGAGAGAGGCUUUCUUCUUCCGGCACACAGAAAAAUGGCGCCCCCCAGCCCGCUGCUAGCAGUUCGAGCUUCAGAUGGAACAUUCUGCUGAGAGGGACCUCGUCAUGUGACCAACACUUUGCCUUCAUCAGGGACUCUGGGUCCAGCAGGUGUAUCACGUUCAGCAGAGACGGGUCGAUGUUCUGCUGGAGCAACGGACGAAGUGUGUCUGUGGUAAAGUCUUCAGACAGCUCCGUCUUGUUGACCUUUGACCUCCCGAAGACGUCUCUGUUGGACUUCUCUCCUCUGGGCAGAGUUCUGGUCACCUGGCAGCCGUACAGCAAGACUCAGGACAGUCCUCAGGGUGAUCCAAACCUCCAGCUGUGGGACGUUCAGACCGGUCAGCUUAUCAAAGCCCUGUACCAGAAGAAGGUCGACUCCUGGUGUCCCACCUGGUCUGAUGAUGAGGGGAUCUGUGUGAGGAGCGUCAACAACGAGCUGCACUUCUACGAGAACAACGACUUCAACUCGAUCGCCAACAAACUUCACAUGCAGAAAGUGUCUGACUACGUAUUGUCUCCUGGAGGACAGCCCAGCAAGGUUGUAGUCUACGUUCCAGGCAGUAAAGGAGCUCCGUCCUUCGUCCGUCUCUAUCAGUACCCGGUUCUGGGCGGACCAACAGCGGCACUCGCCAACAAGAGUUUCUUCAAGGCGGACAGAGUGACAAUGCAGUGGAACAAGAAAGCAUCUGCGGUUCUGGUGACAGCAAGCACCGAGGUGGAUAAAACCGGGGCGUCGUAUUACGGCGAGCAGACGCUGCAUUACCUCGCUGUGAACGGAGAGACUGCACUGGUCCAACUGCCGAAGAACGGUCCGAUCUAUGACGUGGUCUGGAGUCCGAACUCGUCUGAGUUCUGCGUAGUGUACGGCUUCAUGCCGGCCAAGGCCACGGUCUAUAACCUCAAAUGUGACCCGGUGUUCGACUUCGGAACCGGACCACGAAACGCCGCCUACUACAGCCCGCAGGGUCACAUCCUGGUUCUGGCCGGGUUCGGGAAUCUGCGGGGUCAGAUGGAGGUCUGGGACGUGAAGAAGUACAAACAGGUGUCCAAACCUCAGGCUCCAGACGCCACACACUUCUCGUGGUGUCCUGAUGGUGAGCACAUCGUCACGGCGACAUGCUCCCCGCGGCUCCGGGUCAGUAACGGUUAUAAAAUUUGGCACUACACCGGGUCGGUCCUCCAUAAGUGGGAUGUGGCCGAGGGUUCAGAGCUGUGGGAAGUCCGCUGGCAGCCGUUCCCGGACGGAUCCUUCCCCGAACGGGCUGUCCGGUACCAGGCGGCACCCAGUGAGCUGGGAAGCACACAGACCCCGCCCACUCAGGCGUACCGCCCACCUGCACUGAGACACCUGCCGGCCACGCCCAGCGCCAAACUGCACGAGGAGGAGCCUCCUCAGAACCUCAGACCGGGACCGGCCGGACCGGGUCUGUCCAAGGCGGCGCUGAAGAACCAGAAGAAACGAGAGGCCAAGAAGGCCGCCAAGCAGGAAGUGAAACCUGAGCCUCCCUCUGACCCCGCCCCCGUCAGCAACAACAGCCAAUCAGAGCCGAGCAGUGGCGACCCAGAGACGGACAAGAAGAUCAAGAACUUAAAGAAGAAACUUAAAGCCAUCGAGGAACUGAAGGAGCAGCAAGCGGCUGGGCGGGUACUGCAGAAGAACCAGCUGGAGAAAGUGCAGAAGGAGGAGCAGCUGCUGAAGGAGCUCCAGGAGCUGCAAAUCGGACAGUAGGAGGCGCUGCAGGAGACACAAUCCCCCCUGUUGCUAUGCAACAUCUGUACAGAUGCUGACAGUGAUCCUUUCAAAAUAAAAGCUUUUUCUCCACUUUAAUGAGUUAAACUCUGCUUGUUUAAUUUGAAAUGUGAAUAAAGUUUAUUCAACACAGA